UCAACUCAAAUUAAAUGCUCCGUCUCUCACUGUCCCACAGCCCUCAGCCGCCGCCCGCUGUCGCUCUUCCGGCGUCACCGUCACAGCACACGGCAGCACCCAGACGGCUAUCCGCUAUCAACGACGAGGAGUGUUUUUCUGCCGCCGACUACAAGCCAGCUGUCCGGCGUCCGCCGCCGCUCCGCCACCCUUAGGCGCUUUGGACGGAGGGAUACGCACGGCUCUCGCUCCUCUUCGCCAGUCAUCUGCAGCUCGGCUCGCAAUCGACGGGAACGACGUCGGCUGGCUCUAGCUACUCCGUCUCUCUCUUCGCCAGACAUCCGCGCGAAAUCGACAGGAACGACGGCGCUCUCUACUGAGUCAAACCGGCAGUUCCAUCGACUGUGUUUAAUUUCUCCGUCGAAAAGAGAGUGAAAACUUGAAUUAUUACUGUAAACGAUCAGCAGAGAAGAUGAAAGGAGGAAGGAAGAAUCUGAAGAGGGCGGUGGAGGCAGAGAUGAUGGCGCUCCAACAAGGCCAAAACAUAAUGCAGGUUGUCGAUUUGAGGGGCUCUAAUCUUAUUGAGGUAAUGGAUGCAAAAGGACAACAUCUACUAGCAAUAUUUCCAGCCAAAUUCCAGAAAAGUAUGUGGAUUAAACGAGGCAACUUCGUAGUUGUAGAUGAAAGUGGGAGAGAGGAGGCCAUCGAAUCUGGUAGAAAGGUGGCCGGCAUUCUCACUCAGGUGCUUUACCACGAUCAAGUUCGUCUCCUUCGAAAAGCCUCUCAAUGGCCCGAUAUUUUCAAAUCCGAGACCUCAACGCAAAGCUUGCAUUUACCUGCCUCCAAAGAAAAUGAUGAAUGUUUAAAAGAUGAUGAAUGUUCGAGCGAUGAUGAUGAUGAUGAUGAGGGGCUUCCUCCUUUGGAAGCAAAUACAAACAGAGUGAAUCCUCUGCUGUUGCAUUUGGAUGCAGAGUCGUCUGCAUCUGAUUCUGAUAUUGAAAAUGAUUCUUAGUUCAAUCCAAUUCGGUAUUGAAACUAACUGAUGUAUGAAUGUGAUAUUUUGUUGUGGUUUGGCUUCACCAAAUCAUGUUUGCUAGAAUGGAAUUACUGGUGAAAUUUUUGUCUUA